AUGCCUGAAAUAUCACUAUCUAUAUUUUCUCAAUUUGAUUCUGAUUUAUCAUGUGAAAAUAUUCUUUCACCAACUAUUCAUAUUGAUCAAUGGACAUGGUUAAUAGAGAAAUGGAAAAUUGCUUUACAAACAUUUCCAAUUAAUUUAACAAAACAUGGUGCAUUUGGCCGUCUUGUUCGAACAACAAUAGGUGUUGGUGUUGCUCGAUUGUAUGGUUUUGCUGAAAAUAAUGAACAUGAUGAAUUGGAUAAAAAAUUUUUUCAAGCAUUACAAAUGGGUUUUUAUUAUGGUGUUGCUUAUGCACUUGUUGAUGGAUUACAAGAUAAUCAAAAUGAACAACAACAACAAAAUAUUGACAUGGACAAAUGGUUGAUCGAAAUGGAACGUAUUUUAUGUGGUCAUAAACUUGAUCAACAAUCUCUUCCUAAAUUACCCAUAACUUCACUUUUACUUGAAACAUUUCAUAGUCUUGUACAAUUAACAUCCAUAAAUGGUAUAGCUGAACAAACGUUCACGGAUCUUGCUUUGCUUCUUCGUUCACAACGAUCUGAUAAAAAAAAUCUGGAACGAUUAUAUAAUAAUGAUAUUGAUAUUUAUAUCGGUCCAUUACUGAAAUCUCAUUUUACCUAUACAGCCACUGCUUUUAUGGGUGGUGCACGAAUGGUAAAUGAUCAUCAACGUUUAUGGACAAUGCCAUUUUUAGGACAAUUAACAGAUGAUUGUCGUGAUUUUGAUGAAGAUCGUCGAGAAAAAUCAAUAACACCUGUUACUUACUUUGCUAAACAUAAUGAUUCAAUAUUAAAUCCAUUUUUUGUUUUUCUCUUCGUUUGUGAAGAUUUAUAUAUACAAAGUCAUCGAGAAAAAGACACUGGUGCAUUUUUAGGCCGUCGAAUUAUAAGAACAUUACGAUCAUUAAAAAAUGAUUUAAAUGAAUUUUUAACAAUAUUUACUGCAAAAUCAUAUCCAGAUAUGUAUAAAUAUGCUUUUUCAUUAGUAAAUCUAUUCGAUCGUGUUAGUGAUCCAGAAAAAGCAAUAUUUCGUCUUAUAAAUAAAUUUGCUAUUCAUUAUUCAAGUAAUCAUCGAACAGUCGAAACAUUUGCAUAUGAUCAUUUAUCUUUAAUAGAAAGACAUAUAACAAUAAAAACAAAUGAACAUGAUCCACUUAUUCGUGGUAUUAAUCAUAGUUUAAAAGCUGGUGGAAAACGUCUUCGACCAUUAAUGCUUCUUAUGGUUGCACAAAUCUACAAUGUUGAUAUUGAACGUGUAAUACCUCUUGCACGAGCUAUUGAAUAUCUUCAUACAAGUAGUUUGAUAUUUGAUGAUUUGCCGGCACAAGAUAAUGCACCACUAAGACGAGGUCAACCAACACUUCAUAUGCCUAUUGAAAGUGAUAAUGAUGAAAUACCCCCAUCAUUAACUGAAGGACGAGCUCAAUUAGCUGCUAUUAAUUUAAUUGCACAUGCAAUUCGAUUAGUUACUGUUGAUCUUAGGCAACAAGGUUUUUCAUAUGAAAGUAUUAAUCGAGUUACUGCUGAAAUGUCAGAAUCAAUGGAUGCACUUUGUCAUGGACAAUUUCUCGAUUUACAAGCAGCAAGAAUGAAAAAAUCCUUAACUAUUCAUGAACUUGAUCAUAUUGCUGAAUUAAAAACUGGUAAAGCUAUUGAAAUCGCUCUUAUUUGUCCAGUUAUACUUGCCGAACAAGAUAAAUCUCUAAAUGUCCCAUUAGAACGUCUUCGUGAAUUGGGUAAAUUAAUGGGAAUUUUAUUUCAAAUGAAAGAUGAUUUACUUGAUGUUGAAGGUAAUAUAGAUGAAACUGGAAAAUUAACAAAUAUCGAUCUACAAAAUCAAACAAUUACCUAUGUUAGUUUGUUAGGUAUUGAGAAAACUCGAAAACGUAUUGAUACGAAAAGAAAACAAGCCGAAUUUAUUCUUGAUAGUUUAUGGCCACAAGCAGGAACUAUGCGUGAUGUUAUUAGACAUAUAUGUGAACGGAAAAAAUAA